UCCACUGUCCCCUGUGAGUCCUCAGGCGGCCGGGCGGGGGCUCCACAGUGUCCUCCCUCCUCCUCCGCCUCCUCCCUGCAGCAUCACUACACCCUCCACCCACCCAGCCGGCCAUAGGCGAGGAGCACGCCGCCCUCCCCCAUCACACAUCAGCGGCUCCCGCACACACAGCCCGGCCGGGAGGAGAGCGCAGGACGUGACUACGGGAACCGCACAGACACCCAGGAGCUGACCCAAAGCCGCACCGUGUGCAGGAGGAGCUGAAGAACAUUUGGCUCAGUUCCCUCUGUCAUCCCAGUCCAAGUGAUGAGUGGGUCGCACUCAGCUGUUACUCCGCUGACCCCAUGCAUGGAGGGGUUGCCUCCACUGCCAAAAAGCCUUAGUGGUCUGCUGAACUCCAGCGGAGGGUCGGGCUGGCGAGACCUGGAGAGAGUCUACGCGCAGAAGUCUCGUAUUCAAGAUGACCUGAGCCGUGGGGGUUCAAGUGGCAGCGCACAAGCUCACCCAAAGCCCCCAAAUUUAGACGCAGCCCUGGCUUUACUUAGGAAAGAAAUGGUCGGGCUGAGACAACUUGACAUGUCUCUCCUUUGUCAGCUGUACUCGCUGUAUGAGUCCAUCCAGGAAUAUAAAGGUGCUUGCCAGGCUGCCUCCAGUGCAGAAUGUACCUACGCCAUGGAAAACGGGUUUUUUGAUGAAGAGGAGGAGUAUUAUCAAGAAGCCGGAGCCCUCCAUAAAGGGGUCAGGGAGGACUCUGAAGGAAACCUCACUCUAUCAGUACCUCCUAUUUCUAAUGAAGACUGGAUACUGGAGAAUAUAUAAUCUGCCAUAUGUCAGGAAGGUGUCUCCUGAAUUUUUCUAACCAAGCUUUCCAGGAAUUUUUAUUCUUUGGAGGAAAGUGAAUUUUUAUCAUGUAAACAUUUUCUGCCAUGUUUCUAAGGACUGUUCUGUUCCUGCUCACCAUUGUUGGGGAGGAUUGUGCUGGAAGCAAUGUGGAACAUUGUUCAAGUGCCUUUAACAUCCAAAAGCACUUAUACGAAAGGAAAGAAUUUUUCUAAAGUCUUAUCCAAUGAGAAGCGCUGGAGACUCGUAGUACUAGGACUGCUAAACAGGCUUCCUUCAUCUGCCUUAAACCGUUCAUAGAGCAAUGGCUUAUAUUAUCCGUUCUAAGCAAAUGGCAAGGAGUAGCUCACACGUUUCUUAGAAUUGAAUGCUGAGCUCUUUCAGUGUCUGACCGUGCCUCAGUAAAGGAAUUACAGAUUGAUAGGAAUCGGUCACUUUUUAUUUCUCAUAGGAUGCACAGUGCAUUGAGUGUAUGAAAUUUCUAGUAUGCAGCGACCGAAUUAGAGACAGGUUUUGACCUUAAUCCAUGUUGGUGAGAAAUCGGGAUAGAACAUAAACUCCACAAGGUAGAUUUGGUUGAUCAUACGAUGUCCACAAUGAUAGGGCCAAACUGGGCAUAUUUUAUUCUUUACUUUAUAGUUGGAAGCCUUUUCUGUAUUUCAGACUGCUUUUUGUUAACAAGAAUAGUAACAAAAACCUGGUCUUAAAGAGAACCUGUUGUCACUUUCAUGCUGCCUGAACUGCAAGUCAUCGGCACUCCAAGGUGGUUUCACCCCCCCCCACUAACCUUGAUUGACACAUUUCUCCCUGUUUGGGUAUAAACAGACACCUAUUAAUUAAAGCCAGCAGAGCGGGGACCAGGGAGCCCCCUGGGGACUGCCCCAAUAACUCAGUUCAAGCAGCAUGAACGUGAUGACAGGUUCUCUUUAAAGGGGGGCUCCCCAGGAAAACAUUUUGUUAAAUCAACUGGUGCCCGAAAGUAAAAUAGAUUUGUAAAUUACUUUUAUUAACAAAUCUUAAUUCUUCCAGUACUUAUCAACUAUUGUAUGCUACAGAGGAAGUUCAUUUCUUUUUGAAUUUCCUUUCUGUCUGACCACAGUGCUCUCUGCAGACACCUCUGUCCAUUUUAGGAACUGUCUGGAGCAGGAGAGGUUUGCUAUGAGGAUUUGCUUUUACUCUGGACUGCUCUUAAAAUGGACAGAGGUGUCAGCAAAGAGCACUGUGGU